AUGCUGCCAGUGCCUCCGAUAUCAUUUCCGUUUCCGUUACCGUCAUCACCUCCACCUCUGUCAUCACAGAUGUUUGUGAUGCUGUCACCACCUCCGUCAUCACAAACGUUUGUGUUGCCAUCACCAUCACCACCUCGGCCAUCACAAUCGUUUCCCAAUGUCCCUGACUUUAGGUUUCCGUUAUCACGUCUAGGAUCAGUUCCCGGUUUUCUCGAUUUAGGUUUCCGUUUCUUUUGUUAUUUCCUCCUUGUUCGAUUCCCAGUAUCCUUGGCUUUAGUUUUCCUCCUCUGUCGUUCCUCACGCCGCCAUCUUGAUUUUUAUAGCUUAACACUGUUGUAA